AUGCUGGACUCGGGAGCCGGACUCGGGAGCCGGACUCGGGAGCCGGACUCGGGAGCCGGACUCGGGAGCCGGACUCGGGAGCCGGACUCGGGAGCCGGACUCGGGAGCCGGACUCGGGAGCCGGACUCGGGAGCCGGACUCGGGAGCCGGACUCGGGAGCCGGACUCGGGAGCCGGACUCGGGAGCCGGACUCGGGAGCCGGACUCGGGAGCCGGACUCGGGAGCCGGCUGCACGCUAGCGUUCUGAGCGUGUGCAGGUGUGAGGAGUGUGACUGCCUCCCUCUGGACGACAGAGGAACUGCACCAGCAGCACUACCAUGGGAAGCUUCUGUGUAA